CGGACUCAGCACUCGGCCGGCCGGAGGGCUCCACGCGCCCCUGCUCGCUCCUCCGCGCGCGCUCCAGCGAGUCCCCGGCCUCCCCGGACCCCUCUCUUUUGGCGCGCUCAGAGCAUGGCGCCCCCCCAGGUCCUCGCGCUCGGGCUCCUGCUCGCGGCGGCGAUGGCCGCUGCUCAAGACUGUAUCUGUAAAAACUACAAGUUGACCACAAACUGCAUUGAGAAGAAUGGUGACUGCCAGUGUACUUCAAUUGGUACACAGAAUACUGUCCUUUGCUCAAAACUGGCUUCCAAAUGUCUGGUGAUGAAGGCGGAAAUGACCAGUUCAAAGUCCGGGCGAAGAGUGAAGCCUGAAGGAGCCAUCCAGAACAACGACGGGAUUUAUGACCCCGAGUGCGACGAGCAGGGGCUGUUUAAAGCCAAGCAGUGCAAUGGCACCGCCACGUGCUGGUGUGUGAACACCGCUGGGGUCAGGAGGACCGACAAGGACACCGAAAUAAUCUGCUCCGAGCGAGUGAGGACCUACUGGAUCAUCAUUGAACUAAAGCACAAAUCAAGAGAGAAACCUUAUGAUACUCAAAGUUUGCAAACUGCACUUCAGGAGCUCAUCUCAUCUCGUUAUCUGCUGGAUCCUAAAUUUAUCACAAAUAUUCUGUAUGAAAAUAAUGUUAUCACUAUUGAUCUGGUGCAAAAUUCUUCUCAGAAAACUCAGAAUGAUGUGGACAUAGCUGAUGUGGCUUAUUAUUUUGAAAAAGAUGUUAAAGGUGAAUCCUUGAUCCAGUCUUCCAACAAAAUGGAGCUGAAAGUGAAUGGGGAACAAGUGGAACUUGAUCCUGGUCAAACUCUAAUUUACUACGUUGAUGAAAAGGCCCCUGAGUUUUCCAUGCAGGGCCUGAAAGCUGGUAUCAUUGCUGUCAUUGUUGUUGUGGCACUCGCGAUCAUUGCCGGGGUCGUUGUGCUGGUUAUUUCCAGAAAGAAGAGAAUGGCAAAGUAUGAGAAGGCUGAGAUCAAAGAGAUGGGUGAGAUGCAUAGGGAAUAUGAUGGAUAAUGACUAAUUUGAAGAUUAACUGCAAGAAGGAAGAUUAGCAAAUGGACUCAGAUGACAAAUGUGUGAGCAUGGGACGAGGAAUGAUCUUUGAGGGUUGCUAUUUGGUUAGUUAACAUCACAUAUUUGUGAUAGUGAAACCUGUACUCAAAAUAUAAGCAGCUUGAAAUUGGCAUUACCAAUCUUAAAAUUUGACCACAAGUGUUUUGUAGGUGAAGAUCUGAUAGGAAACCCAGAACCGGUACGACAUAGUUAUUUAUGUGUAACAUUCAGGGGUGUGCAUGAAAUACACUUCCACAGAGAGAGUGCAAUGACCACCUCACCAUUUGUGAUUCAAAGCUGCCUUUCUGUUUACUUUGAGUCUUGUACAUACAAACUUUUUUUAUGA